AAAAAAAGUAAACGUUUUCGCUACGCGAUUAAAUGUUAAUGUUCACAAAAAAAUUUCAUGUUUUUUUUUAGUUCUCUAUGUUCCAAUCCGGGCGAGGUUUUCAAUACUUUUGCAUUCAUACUUUAAAGGCUUGCGUCCAUCCAGCCUGGGUAAUAAGUUCUUUUUUAAAUUCUGCCGCCGGUUGAUGCUUUGAUGUUGAUCCUGUUUCGGAGAUAAAAGCGUCCACCACUUUGACGCAUUCUCAUGGAGACGCACGGUGGCGGCUGAGCGCCACUGUCCCAGAAAACCAUCACUUUUACCCGUACAAAAAAAAAAAAAAAAAAAAAAAAAAAAAAAACCGUAGAAAAGAAAAACCCAAUAAAAGAAGCACACAGGACGCGACACAGGAUCUGCACAGAACUCGCACAGGCUACGCCAGGCCAGGACACCGGUACGACGAAAUGAACCAAAAUCGGACCUGGAAAUGUAACAACACUUGGAUGCGUUUUCCAGAACCCACACACCACAGGUAACUAGAUGGUUACCAGCCGAAAAUGCGUAAUCUGUCAAGUUGCUGUUUCGAUCGUAGUACACAUGUGAACAUCACCCAACCAAAGGCUAUAUAUGUAGACCACACUUAUGCAUCAGGUUAUAUCCUCACUACGAGUAAACGCAAGGUGACGUGUUUUCGCUCGCUCUCACUUUUAACGGUUUUUUCGAGUGUUUUUGCGAAAAAUUGAUUCUGCUGUUGCUUCCAGUUACAUUUCGCAGGUGGCCAAAGAGAAUCGAACAUGUCGAUUAGAGAAGGACGUGCGCCCAAUUCUAGUUCGCCGGAGUCCUUGAUGGUGGUGAAUCUCUCCACCUAUCGGAUUGAAGGCGAAUUCGAUGCUGGUGGCUGCGGCACGGUGUUGGUGGGCAGCCAUGCCCGCUCCAAGCAGCCGGUGGUGAUGAAAAUGGCCAGCAAAGAGGUGGACCGGCUCCUGCUCGCCACGGAGCGCCGGAUCUAUGCGCGGCUGCCGAAGGCCCGUGGAUGGCCCAGACUCAUCGACACCGGUACGUAUCGCAAACGCGACGUGCUGGUUUUGGAGCGCCUGGGGCCAUCCCUGCAGGACUUACUGAACUUGUGCGGAGGACGCUUCGGUCUGAAGACGGUUUCGCAGCUAGCGCUGCAACUGCUCGACAGGCUGGAAACAUACCACGAGCUGGGGUACGUUCACCGCGACCUGAAGCCGGACAAUGUCCUGCUGGGUCGCGGAACGACCCGCAAGACGCUGCACAUGAUUGACUUCGGUCUUGCCGAGCCGUAUCGGCACCCACGCACGGGGGAACACAUAGCGCAGGAUGCGUUUUUCCCGUUCGCCGGAACGAUCGAGUUUGCACCAGUGUUCGCUCAUCUGGAGUAUACACCGAGCAGGCGAGAUGACAUUUUGUCGCUCGCCUACAUGCUGGUGUUUUUGCUCCGCGGUGGCCUACCGUGGUAUGGUACCGAGGAGCGAUUUGAUCCGGACGAGGCACUGCUUCUGAAGUUGUGCAUUACGCCCAGCGAGCUGUGUAGAGGACUGCCGGCUGAGUUUCAGCGGUUGACCGAGUACGCGUUGCAGAUGGAAUUCUGCGACGCGCCGGACUAUACCGAGCUGAAGCGGAUGUUCCGGAAUCUGCUGCGCCAACAUUCCAUGCAGCACGAUUUGCAUUUCGAUUGGAACCGGUUUGGCUGCUAAACCAGCACCUAAUUUCUUUUCUUCUCUCUCUCUCUCUCUCUUCGUUCCAGCUUUCGUAAAGUGACGUGUAAGUCACCCCAGUAUAAGGCGCCGUGAAGGAACAGCCCGAUGCUGGGACGGUGGCCAAAUCCGAUCCUCUGCCUCCUCGUGGCGCCACUGGAUGUUGGCCUCUGGUGUUGUCAGACUCACCAGCGGCCUAACCAAAGAGGACGGUCAGUGGGACACCAAGCGUUUGCUCAACGAAGCUACACGUACAUUUGAUGCUAUGGGGGUUGAAGGGAAAUAAAUAUGUAUUUAUUGUAUUUUAGUGUAAGAUUGAGGCCAUGUAAAAAUACACGUAUAGCAUUGGAAUAAAUUGAAAUGUACAAAUGCCUAUAUAAAACGAGUUAAUUUUCGAGUUUGCAAUGAUUGCGAUUUUCCACUCUUUCUCGCCGGACAGCAUCAACUUCAAACGUACAUUGUGGGGAUGUUUUCCACUGCCGACGCCGAUCCACGAACACAAAUUUUGAUAGGCCACCUGUACAUGAGCAUAGCUUUCGAACGCGAGCUUAUAUAAGGGCGUGCGUGCGGGGCAUCGAUGGAAAGCUCUCGCCAAGUACUAUCCGACGGUGGGGUAUUGCACCUCCUCCCGCCCUCCCUGUUCCAUACUGCAGGAAGGAAAAACGUCAAAUUGAUUUCGAACGGAAGCUAAUACAAAGCUAUAUCAGGCAGCGACAGACGCGUCGGUACAAGUUGUGCAACUUUUGUCUCACAAGCGUGUCCUCCUAGGAACCACUCAGGUCAACUCUUCCAGUCAAAAAACGUGAUUUUGUGUGAAAUUUUCACCGUUUUACACACAGGUGUGGGAAUGUUUUUCCCCCCUUCCCGGAUCCAUUGCUAUCCCUCGUUGGAUAGGGCGCGGCUAGUAGACCAAAUUUGGUACGACCAUUUGCGUAGGUACGACCAACACUCGUUACUCAAAAUCGGAGUCAAAGUCCUUCUGCAGAACGCGCCACGGGCUGUCAUUUGAAAACGGCCUCCGGAAAAUUAACCGAAUUUUGGUAUGUGAUUCGUGAUGGAAAAAGCCAUCGAACACUUCAAUUUACAUCGGGAUUUGGAUGCGUGUAGCGAAAGAGAACGUUUCUCCUUCGACGCUUAGAUAAUCGAGAUAAUUCAUUUGCUGCUACUCGCCGUUUGUCUGAAGCAUUCUUACCCCGGUUUAGUAGCGAUGUCCAAAUCUGCAACCGAAUGUAGAGGAAAGAACUUCAGUCCGGAAUCAAUGGCCUACAAAAAUGGACAACUAAAACGGGAUAUCAGGGAAAUGUAAAAUAUUUCACACCAAACAACCUUAAAGCUUGGGUUGUUCCAAAAAUAUUGUAUCGAAUAGAAAUAGUGUCUUCGAAAGUCUCUGGCUCCUCUUUACCGUACUGCUCUGAGGCAUUCUAUCGGGGCCUUUAUAGUCCAGUCCUAUUCCAUCACUGUUCUGCAAAAGCGAGCAGCUUUAUUUCUUACAUAUCAUCACAGAUUGGAUUACAGAAGCCUUCAUUGAAAGUGCCAAACAGGCAUUCACGGAACUGACGGAAGGAAGAACGGUUGCCACAAACUGCAGAACAAUCACGAAAUGGAGAAAGGUUAUGGGUCCAAAACAGCCCCAGAGUUGAUUGGGAAAUGCAAAACAGAGCCGAUAGAUGAUGCUAAAUUCAGAUGGUUCGUGUUCGAGGAGGCGAAUGAGUUGCGCGAUUUGUGCGCGAUCGGGUUUCUCGCCAUCGCAAAUUGAAAC